CGUGCAUAUGCAGCAUGCUUUAUAUGUCACGGCCAUUAACGGAAUAAACAAAGCGGAAGAACUUCCUCUUGAUGAAUGGCGAAGGCAAUUCUUUUGUUUGAAUAGUACUCUUGAGGAAAUAGCCAAACAAAUGGGGAAACAUGACUUUGAUUUUAGCCUAAACCCAUGCGAUGUAAAUCCCAACUGGACUAGUGAAAUGCAUCUGUAUAAGUAUAACAUCACUGUUGUCUAUGUUUGUUCAUACCCUGGUGGUGUUUGUCAUGUCGUUUCCAUAUCUCUCAAAGGACAGGAUCUUGACAGUGUUCUUCCAUCGUCUCUAGCAAAGUUACUUUACAUAAGUGAUUUAAAUGGAAAUAGUUCUCAGUUUCCAAACCUAAGUAGCAUGACAAGCAUGGAACUAUUGAUAUUGAGAAGCUGGAGGAUAUCUGAUUCUAUAUCAGAAAUGUCCAAAUUAAGGCAUCUAGAUCUCAGUUUCAACAAUUUGGAAGGUGAUAUACCAUAUCUAAAAGGACUAGAUCUGGAGAAAAUAGACCUUAGGAAGUGUCUGACCUGAAUCCUCCAAUUGGUGACAAAAGCAAGAAAACUAUUGUCAUUGAAUUGUUGUGGUGGCUGGAAAUGUGUUCCUCAUUCUCAUAAUUCUUGGUGUUGCACGGCUGGGGUUUUAUUAUAUACACGAGAGCACAUGAAGAGGGAAAGAGGUUUGAUUCCAUUAUUACUCGUAGCAAAGACAUGCAUGGGAGAAAAUGAGCUGAAAUGUUAUGCUGGAAGUUGGAGAACCGGAUACAUUCAUCAAAGAGAAAAAAUCAACUACAGAGAACACCACGGCGCGAUAACACCUUUGCCAUGGCACGGUGAUGUGUCAUGAUUGAUAUGAAUACCGGAUAGAGUCCAAUAAUGAUUACUUGGAAGGUAUGCGAAGCACUCGCCACCACGACGUGAUAAUCACCUCACCACAAUGUGAUGGUGUGUAUUUUGGAAACUCUAUAAAUACGAACCUCAUUCAUUAUCUGAAGGAUAUACAACGAUUAUUAUUCGAACUUUGAAGACCAAAGAACCCUCAAAAACCCUUUGGAGACUAGAGAUCGAUAUUGGAUCAAGAUUCGAAGAGAUCGAUAUUGGAGCAAGUUUCGAAGAGAUCGAGAGUUAAUUGCAUUUAAUCAUGUUUAACAGAGUUUAUUUUGUUUUUAUCUAUGUUUCUACUUUAGUUAUGUGCUGAAACCUCUUUACUUUUGUUUAUAGUAGAUAAA